GAAUUGCCCGUCGCUGGAACUCGGCAUAAAUCUUUGGCGCGUUGAUCGGAUUCGGGGAAACAGCAAUUGAGUCACGUGUCUACGACAACUCAGCCACGAGAAGCUCCCGAGAAAGUACUUAGAACGAGCUCAAUGUUAUAAAUGUUAUAAAUAGCGACGUCAGAGAUACCCUGGAUUGAUGCUUCUUAGCCGUUACCCUACAGUCAACUUUUUCUACGAUGCCCCCAAUCAGACGGUACCUGCGCAUCAGCAAAUACUCUGUGCUGGAAUGCAGGAUAUAUCUUGAGAAUCCUGCCGAUUCACGAUGGUUGCUUGACGCCCGCGACCCAGCUCUACCCCGUGUAUUCAAGAGUAUACAGCCUCUGAUCCUCCCAAAGCUAAGGGAGGAAACUGAGCGAGCACGCGCGAAGAAGAAGUCGAAACCCGUCAAAGACGUCCUUUCGGAGGAGGAUGAUUUCGAAGUUUCCAUCUUCCUCCGUGAUAGCGGCACCAGCCACUCGCUUGUUACAAAACUAAAGUCCUUUAACGAUCGACCAUCCAAGAUCCAGAGUAACUCAAGUAAAUUACCUGGAACGGAUGACUCUCCGAUUCAUAUCGCCGAUGACCCCGUGACGAUACCGACUAUUAUACCUGAGAGUGACGAGGAGUCCCCGAUCAACUUGCAAGAUAUACCGACAGCCACGGCCCCCGUAACUAAUGAGGAAGGCGUCGACAUCCAGUCAUCGACAAGCCGUCGUCGACGAAGGGAGAACCGUACAGAAAAUAGUGCCAAUAUAGAAGCCGGUAGCGUUGACGAGGACACUCAUGCCACGAAGCGAAAAAAGACCUAUAUCGAACCUACUCCGGAACUGCAAGACGACAAGAAACUACACCUUACUACCACCUAUAAAGGGUUCACAAUAUGGGGCAGGAUAUUAUGCCUCCUCGUCACCAGGAAAGGCGACAGAGCGAGAUCAAAACCUGAUGCAGCACCAGCUGGUCAGGCAUUAAUGGAAGAAUGGAUCUCAACGCAGGCCCCGCAGGAAUUCGAAGAAGCCUGAGUUCAAAUGCAACUUCUGUUACCAGCGACGAUUUGUAUGGUUACGGCUCGGUCGUCAAACGUUGGAACCACGGCCUAACGUGAGAGUUACCCCGUUUGAAGGCGGUAGCCGAGAUGGAUAAACAGGUUACGGAUUACCUAGUCGGCUACGUGUCUAUCAUCGCAAGGCAAAAAGCAUUCGUCCCUUGCGUCAUAAAAUCGCCCCCACCCCGUGUGCCUCUGGGCCCAUGUAGAAUUGAUUUAGUGAAUCAGGGUUUAAACUUUAUAGUCGAGGCCUCGUGUGACAGCAGCGUCUUCAAAAUUGCGGGAUUUGCAGACAAUUCACAUCCCUGCCUUGUGCGAAUCCGGUCUUGAGCCCAGCAGCAUAAUAGAGGCAUAAAGCAAUCCACAUUCAGGGAUGACCCGGCAGAACGACCAAGAUGCUGUACUCCCCAUAAAAAGAGGAACAGGAGGCAGGCUUGGAUUAAGUAAUUCUGCGACUAUCCGGUUUAAUACAUGCGCAAGCAACCAGUCAUCCAUUCCGUCAGUGCGAAAGCUCAGGAUGGCGUCAGUAGCCAUGGCUACUCACACCAUUAGACGAAAUUGUAUGGUAUCCCGGGUACCGCGCAUUUACGUUUAGGUCAUGGGUCUCAUGCACCUGAUAUAUUCAUGUACGAGUAACUAAAACGCAUAAUUUCAGCCGCGCUUUCUUAUUCACACCCCGACAGCUGGGAUCCCCAUACCCACGCUCUUACCGUGGUAUGUGGCACAAAUGAAACAAGGGCCGUCCCAGCCUGUAGCAGUGCAUUGGGUCACUAUCCCCUCGUAACAGCUCUACCGCUUUUGCGGUAAAUGUCAGAUGGGUUAACGAGCAGGGGCCGGGUAGCGCCUUAGCGUGGGAAACCAAGGCGUGCGGGUUUGAAACCGGCGGGGGAUACGUUAAAUCCGGAACCUAAGCACCUCAGGUUUCUAAUAAAUACAGAGGUGUACAAAUCACUGCAAUUGAAUCACUCUAUGUUCCUGGGCUGGCAACACCUGUAUUUCCUCCUGUAUAAGUUAGUGAGUUGCACUUGGCAUAGUUAACCGUGCCAUGCUUACUCACUCUCUGUAGUGAGUGCACCACAGUGUACAGAAAACCACACUGUAAAGAAAAUAUUUUGAAUAUAGUAAUCUUCAAAAAUUAAUUAAUAAUCAUCAUCACAUCUAUCUAUAACAUAAAG